UGUGUAUUUUUACGCGAACACCGGCCAGAUUUUAGUGAACCAUAUUUCGAAAACAAUGUCUAGUUUGAAACAAACUCCCUUGACUUGCAGUGGACAUACUCGUCCAGUUGUUUUUCUAACAUACAGUGAUGUAACCCCAUUUGGUUACUUUUUGAUAAGUGCAUCAAAAGAUGGAAAACCAAUGUUGCGUCAGGGUGACACUGGUGAUUGGAUUGGAACAUUUGAAGGACAUAAAGGGGCUGUGUGGGGAGCUACCCUCACUAGAGAUGCUUCUAAAGCUGCCACAGGAGCUGCUGAUUUCACAGCUAAAAUUUGGGAUGCUGUUAGCGGUGAAGAGUUACACACAUUCCAGCACAAGCAUAUAGUUAAAUGUGUUGAUUUUUCUACUGAUGGAAACAGACUUUUAUCUGGAAGUCAAGAGAAAAUUCUCAGAAUAUUUGAUUUGGAAAAUUUAGAUAGUGAACCACAAUGUUUUUCUGGACAUAGUGCUUUUAUAAAGAAUGCAGUGUUUACAAAAGAUGGGAAACAAAUAAUCAGUGCAGCGGAGGAUAAAACUAUCAGAGUAUGGGAUAUAUCAUCAGGCUCUGAAGUAAAGAAGAUAGAUCUUGAAGCAGCACCCACUAGUCUAGAAUUGUCACAUGAUGGUUCGGUUGUCACAGUAACUUACGGCUCUACGACCAGCUUCUGGAAUGCUGAAACGUUUGAGAAAUUGAGAGAAUUUCAGUCACCUACACAGAUUAACACAGCGUCCCUACAUCCUGAUAAAACUAUAUUUAUAUCUGGUGGUGAAAACUUUAUCAUGUAUAAAUUUGAUUAUGAAACUGGAACAGAAUUAGAGGCAUUUAAAGGUCAUUUUGGACCUGUGCACUGUGUAAGAUUUUCACCAGAUGGUGAAGUUUAUGCGAGCGGGAGUGAAGACGGUACUCUAAGACUGUGGCAGACCACCGUCGGCAAAAAUUAUGGACUCUGGAAAUGUGUUCAACCUGAAGAGAUAACUCAGAACUCGGAUUCAACACCAACCAAGCCAGAAGCUUAGCAUAUAAUGACUAUCACUAUAAUGUUUCGAUAAUACAGUGCUAAUUGUUGUACAGUCAAAAAUGCUUUAAGUAAAGCUAUCAUUGACUGCAAUUAAACAUUCAUUUCAUUAAUUUUGUGAACAUGGAUCCUAGUCUUAUUAUCAACAUGCUUCUGUUUGUGUUUUUUUUUUCAGGACAGAGGCAUGUAUUGUAAAGUAAAGUUUAGGAGAAAGAUACAUAGAAAUACUGUUUGUGACUCGGUCAAAUGGAAGAUGCAAUAAAUGUAAAGAUAUUAGAAAGAUCUGAUACAGUUAUUAUAUUGUUUUAUAUUAUAUUGCUAUCACAUAAAUGUAAGGAGCAUUUAUUUUUAUGACAUCAUUUUACUUUUUUUUUUGGGGGGGGGGGGGGUUAAUGCCCCCAGACAUAGUAAUUAUGUUAAUGACAUUGGUAUAGUUUCUUGAAUAGAAUAAUGGGAGUACAAAAAAAAUCUCAUUUGUGAUAACAACUGCAGAUAAUGCAUUGGCAUUUGUACUAGUUAAUAAAUAUCAAAUUUCAGAGAUUGAGGUAAACAUUUUUGUCACAUUAAACAAACAUUGUUUUCAGGUGCCAGCAGCAGCAAAAUUGUCUUUUGUUAAAUACAUUCAAAGUACUUUUUUUUACAAAGAAUGUCAAGUAUAAACACUUUUUAUUUAUUUAAGUUAAAAGCAAACAAA